AUGCUAAUAAGAAUUACCUAUAAUUAUUUUCAGGGAAGUAUAGCUUAUGCACGUGCUCUCUGCAAGAUAAAUCUUCUCUCGCAGGAAGAGAUGCAACUCAUAAAUGUAAAUUUUAAACAGAUAGAAGAUGAAUGGGACAAUGGCAAAUUUGUUAUAAAUCAUAAAGAUGAGGAUAUACAUAGUGCCAACGAACGAAGACUUUCGGAAUUAAUCGGUGAUGUAGCGAAGAAACUACAUAUUGGUAGAAGUCGCAAUGAUCAAACUGUAACCGAUACCAAAUUAUGGCUUAGAAAAUCCAUCGACAAACUUUUGUUAAAAAUUAAGAAGUUCAUUGAGGUUCUUAUAAUUCAAGCAGAACAAGAUAUAGACAUACUUAUGCCUGGAUAUACACAUAUGCAACGAGCACAGCCUAUUAGAUGGAGCCAGUGGUUACUUAGCUACGCUUGGUCCAUAAAACAAGAUUUGGAAAGAUUAUUGGAAGUGCGCAAACGCGUGAACGUCUUACCGCUUGGUAGUGGUGCAAUAGCGGGAAAUCCUUUUCCAAUCGAUCGUCAGUUUUUGGCUAUGGAGCUUGGAUUUGAUGAAAUUACCCAAAAUAGUAUGCACGCUGUUGGAGAUCGAGAUUUUGUCGCUGAAUUUCUGUUUUGGUCAUCAUUAUCAACGGUACAUUUAAGUCGUUUCUGCGAGGAUUUGAUUAUGUACAGCACUCAGGAAUUUAAUUUUGUCAAAUUUGCUGAUAAAUAUUCUACUGGUAGCAGUUUGAUGCCUCAGAAGCGUAAUCCAGAUUGCAUGGAAUUAAUUCGCGGAAAAACUGGUACCAUACUAGGAAAGUGUAUCGGCUUCAUGAUAACGUUAAAAGGAAUUCCAUCCACGUAUAACAAGGAUCUUCAAGAAGAUAAAGAAAUGGUAUUUCAGACUUAUGAUACACUAUAUCAAAUGUUCCACAUUGCCGAAAAAGCACUCGCCACUUUGAAAAUAAAUAAAGAAAAUUGUAAGAAUGCUUUGACAUCUGACAUGCUUGCAACCGAUAUGGCGUAUUAUCUUGUUACCAAAGGUGUUCCUUUUCGACAAAGUCAUCAUUUGGUUGGGAAGGCUGUUUCUUUGGCUGAAUCAAAGGGAAUAUCUUUGCCAGAAUUAAGUGUUUUACAAUUAAAAACAAUAAGCGAAGCAUUUGAAGAUGAUGUAUCAUGCAUUUGGGAUUUCAACUUCAGUGUAGAUCAAUACCAAACUACUGGUGGUACUAGUUCAAAAGCAGUGCAACAGCAGAUUAACAGUUUGCGAUCAUGGAUACAAGAUUUUCCGUUUAAAAAGUAAUUGUACCUAAAAUAAUUCUCUUUUAAAUUAAUCAUAAAUAGCUCAAUAAUGUCUUUGCGAGCCGAUACGGAUGUUGGUGUGUAAUAAUUUUUACUGUUACAAUAUCAAGCCGUAUACAAACUGUAUGCCGCAUAUGUUGUCGAUCUUGAAACAGAGUUCUUACAUGAGACCAGAAUUCAUUGUAACGAAUUAAAUUCAAGCAAUUUAAUAUUUUUGAUAUUAAUAAGCAUUUGUAAGAAUUCCCUUCCCGCAAAUCUAUAAAGAAUUUAUUGUGAAAAAUA